AUGUCUUCCUCACAAUCAAGCCAUGGCGCUGCGCUGUGCGACCACCCCAGUCACAGCCUUCCCAGCGUCGUGCAGAGAGAUGAUGACGGCAUAAGAAGGAUGCCCGGCCCUUCUUCCAGCUUUUCGACACCGACGCCUGCUUCCACUGCGGGCUCGUCGACCUCGCCCAUCGCGUCGGCUUCUUUCACGCACCCUGCCCCUCCAAGAGACUCACCUCCGUCGUCUUCAGUCGGAGCGUCAAUUCAUCGCGACUAUGCAAGUUAUAUAGACCUAUCCCAGACCGACAGUGAAAUACCCGCGACUGAGUUGGUCUCCAGACCGUCCGGAAGCAGCGCCCUCAAUCAGGAGACCACCUUUCCUCUACCCUCCGCUACUUCUUCCGCAUCCCCAUCCACCGCCUCCUUCCUACAGUUUCGAGCAUCAAAAUCCGUUUCCCGUCGUCGCAAGACUGCCGUAUCUAUAGACUCAAUUCCACGACAGACCAUCAUGAAAGCAUUGGCCUCGCGGCCCUCUAUAACCAACAACAACUCCAAUAUGCCGCUGGCGGCAGCAUCUUUGUCGGGAUUCGCCAACACUGUCAAUCUCGACGAGAAAGAUCGACGGAGCUUUAAUUCAUCGUCACCACAGAAGCUGUCGGCAGCUUUGUCCAACUUACAAUUGAGCUCGUACCUGGAACGAUCUCCGUCGACCGCCCAAUUAGUCCUGCAGUCUCCUUGUUUCUUCCAUCAACGAUUCGACGAUGCAGUCAAUAUAAAGAAAGUUCUGGAGGAGAUUGCGGAUGAUGACUGGCUAUCCCACUCGCGGUUGGUGCAGACAGCAACCGGGGUCAGGGAAGUUUCCAAGCAGCUCCAGCGGCGACCCGUCAAGCGUGCUGUGAGAAAUGUUAUGAUUGUCACCAAAGCCCGCGAUAAUAGUGUAGUUUACUUGACCCGUGACCUAGCGGAAUGGCUGAUGGCGACUCCGCGCUACGGGAGCGACCUGGGUGUCAGUGUCUACGUUGACGCUAAACUACAAAACUCCAAGCGGUUUGAUGCGGCCGGAUUACUGGAGAAGAACCCACGCUUUGAGCAUAUGCUGAAAUUCUGGACGCCGGAACUCUGCUGGACUUCCCCGGAGAAGUUUGAUCUCGUUCUUACCUUGGGUGGUGACGGGACCGUCCUUUUCACAUCCUGGCUCUUUCAGCGCGUCGUGCCUCCCGUGCUGAGCUUCAGCCUGGGUAGCCUGGGUUUCCUGACGAAUUUUGAUUUCCAAGGAUACAAGACCCAUCUCAAUGCUGUUAUGGGCGAUGUUGGGAUGCGCGUCAACCUGCGCAUGCGAUUUACAUGCACGGUGUUCCGUCGAGAUCGGAGAAAGGGAGCCGAGACCGGGGCGGUGGAGGAAGGCGAGCAGUUUGAAGUUCUGAACGAACUGGUGAUUGACCGGGGGCCUUCGCCAUAUGUUUCGAACCUUGAACUGUACGCUGAUGAUGAGCUGUUGACUGUUGUCCAAGCGGACGGUUGCAUCCUUGCAACGCCAACUGGCUCUACCGCUUACUCCCUUUCUGCGGGCGGCUCCUUGAUUCACCCAUCUAUUCCUGGCAUUCUCCUUACGCCCAUCUGUCCGCAUACUCUGUCAUUCCGACCGAUGGUCCUCUCCGAUACGCUCUCGCUCCGCAUUGCAGUCCCUGUGGCAUCCCGCUCUACGGCAUACUGCUCGUUCGACGGCAAGGGCCGCGUGGAGCUGCGUCAAGGCGAUUACGUCACUGUAGAAGCCAGUCAGUAUCCCUUCCCGACCGUCGUUUCCGGCAACGGGGAGUGGUUUUCGAGCGUACGACGCGCUCUACGGUGGAACACUCGCGGAGCCGUGCAGAAGGGAUGGGACGGCGUGGCAGACGGCGACACGGAAGCCGAUGCGGACGUGGACGAGGAAGAAGAGCACUGGGACAUUGAUACCGAUGCCGGAUUAACCAGCACCGACAGUGGAUUGGGACCUAGCGAGGACGGCGAUGCUGUCCCAACACCUGGUCUAAUAAUGAAACGACAAAUGAGCAUGUUGAACAUGUAG